GUUAUUCAUACUUCCAUGUUGCAUAGUGCAUGAUUUUUACUUCAGCCCAAUCUAUCAGAAUUAGAAUCCCAUCUACCUCACAUUUUCUCCAGCUAGCUGUCCUGAUCAAAGUUCUAAAAGGAUAAUGAAAAGAAAGAAAGGGCCAAGAUGCUCUCUCAUCUCAUCUGAUCAGAGAUGACGUUUGGCAUAUCCCUUCAGGUUGCAGAGGCUAAGACUCUUAACACCCAGAACAGUAAAACACCUCCUACAUCAGUGAAAAAUGUCAUUUCAGUUCAGAUUCCAAAUGAGGAGGUUUAUUCCAAUGAAAAAAAAAACAUAACCUACUAAUGUUGUUUCAGUCUAUUUGUCGGCGAUUUUUCGCUCUUUCUCGUUUAAGCACCAUGAUAAUUGGCUCCCCACCCUGGGGCUCUUAUAAAUAACUGACCUUGCUGCCAAGAUUUACCAAGGAGCUCUUGCAAGGCAAGCACACAUCACACUAACCUGAUAGUGUGUGCUCUUGUGAGGCCUCCAAGAAGUUGCCUGACCACAGAAACACAAAGCUAACACUAUCACAGAGGAUCACAGAAGCUGAUCAGGUAGUGAUCAGUGGACACUACAGCCUCUUGGUAGAGGAGUGAGCACGGUGCAGAGCUAAUUAAGCCAGUUACUUGUGCGAGCUUACAUUGAGUGAGCUUGGAGCCAAUGGAUAUUGAGUCAAGGCAAGGUCCCAAGGUUGACACCAUGGCUGCUGCCUCUGAGGUCUCUGUGGACUGGAGGGGCAGGCCGUGCAGCCCUCACAAGCAUGGUGGCAUGAAAGCCGCCGUCUUCGUGCUAGGGAUUCAGGCUUUCGAGAUGAUGGCGAUCGCGGCCGUGGGGAACAAUCUCAUCACGUAUGUCUUCAACGAGAUGCACUUCCCGCUGUCGAAAUCGGCCAACAUCGUCACCAACUUCAUCGGCACCGUCUUCCUCCUCUCCCUCCUUGGCGGCUUCCUCUCCGACUCCUACCUCGGCAGCUUCUGGACCAUGCUCAUCUUCGGCUUCGUCGAGCUCUCCGGGUUCAUACUGCUGGCGGUGCAGGCGCACCUGCCGCAGCUCCGGCCGCCGGCGUGCGAGAUGAUGGCGGCGGCGGGGGGCUGCGAGGAGGCGGGCGGGGUGAAGGCGGGGAUCUUCUUCGCGGCGCUGUACCUGGUGGCGCUGGGGAGCGGGUGCCUCAAGCCCAACAUCAUCGCGCACGGCGCCGACCAGUUCCGGCGCGGCGGCGGCGGGGACGGCGGCGGGGGGAAGCAGCUGUCGAGCUACUUCAACGCGGCGUACUUCAGCUUCUGCGUGGGCGAGCUGGUGGCGCUCACCGUGCUGGUGUGGGUGCAGACGCGGUCCGGGAUGGACGUCGGGUUCGGCGUGUCGGCCGCCGCCAUGGCCGUCGGGCUCGUCUGCCUCGUCGCCGGCGUCUUCUUCUACCGCAACAAGCCGCCGCAGGGCAGCAUCUUCACGCCCAUAGCCAAGGUUUUUGUUGCGGCGGUAACCAAGAGGAAACAGGUGUGCCCGUCGUCGUCUUCGUCGUCUUCUUCGUCGACGGCCGCCUCGCUGGCCGUGACCCCCGCCGGCAUCAACAAAUUCAGGUUCUUGGACAAGGCGUGCGUGAAGGCGCAGGACGGGCGCGGCGGCGGCGGCGAGGGCGGGAAGGAGAGCGCGUGGCGGCUGUGCACGCCGGCGGAGGUGGAGCAGGUGAAGGUGCUGCUGUGCGUGGUGCCCAUCUUCGCGUGCACCAUCGUCUUCAACACCAUCCUGGCGCAGCUGCAGACGUUCUCGGUGCAGCAGGGGUCGGCCAUGGACACCCGCCUCGGCGCCGGCGCCGCCUUCUCCUUCCACGUCCCGCCGGCGUCGCUGCAGGCCAUCCCCUACCUCGUCCUCAUCGCGCUCGUGCCGGCGUACGAGGCGGCCUUCGUGCCGGCAAUGCGCCGCGCCACGGGGGUGGACACGGGCAUCACCCCGCUCCAGCGGAUCGGGGUCGGCCUCUUCGCCGCCACCUUCUCCAUGGUCGCCGCCGCGCUCGUCGAGGCGCACCGCAGGCGCGCCGCGCUCGACGAGGGCCGCCUCCUCUCCAUCUUCUGGGUCGCGCCGCAGUUCCUCGUCUUUGGCAUCUCCGAGAUGUUCACCGCCGUGGGCCUCAUCGAGUUCUUCUACAAGCAGUCGCUCGCCGGCAUGCAGGCCUUCCUCACCUCCAUGACCUACUGCUCCUACUCCUUCGGCUUCUACCUCAGCUCGGUGCUCGUCUCGCUCGUCAACAAGGUCACCUCCGGCAACAAUGGCGGCGGCGGCGGCGGCUGGCUCAGCGACAACGACCUCAACAAGGACAGGCUCGACCUCUUCUACUGGCUCCUCGCCGCGCUCAGCCUCCUCAACUUCUUCAACUACCUCUUCUGGUCGAGGUGGUACUCCAAGGGUGUGGAGACGGUGCAGGUCGCCGGAGUUGGAGGAGGAGGCGGCGGCGGCGGCGAGCAGGAGGAGAAGGGUGUCUCCGAGAUCAAUACGGGUCACUGACGUGUGGACCCAAUCGCAUCGCCUAAUGUAUAUUAGUGAAUUAAUCAUUUAACCUAGUCUUAACUUUUUUUGUUUUUUAUGGAUUUCUUCCUUGUAUGGAAAAAAAAAAUAGUAAGGGUGGAUGUAUAUGGGUCUCCACUUAAUUAAGGAGUGGGUGAUGUAUAAAUUAAUUAAUCACAAGGGGUUAGGUGAUUACUUAAUAAUCAUAUCCCUGAUUAGGUCACGUCAAAAGUUAGUUUGACUCUGCAUGGAUGCAAGAGUACGUAGUAGUAUUUGGGUAGGGAUCAAGUGUCAAGUGAAGUAUCUAGUCCUUCUCUUUAAUGACAAGGAGCUAGUAUAUAUGCUCUAUAUAUAUAGCUAUCAUGUAAAUGACAAAGGGAUUUGCCAUAAAGCAAAGUACUGAAAAUAGUUGGUGCAUAAAAAAAAGCUUUCAGCUGAAAGGAUCCAUAGCCUAGUGGUUACAAAGGUCCGUCGACAACGAAACGUCCGUGGUGACUUCGGGAUUCUCUAGAUUUAUUGGCCAGUAUUCGGAGGUGCUCAUAGGGGGGUUUGCAUGCGUGCGUUCUUAGGAGAGAGUGUGCGUGUGUUGUGAGCUUCGGGAUUCUCUAGAUUUACCGGCCAGACUUCAGAGGUGCUCAUAGGGGGUUUACAUGCGUGCGUUCUUAAGAGAGAGUGUGCGUGCGUUGUGAGUGUCUGUGUUAUACUGUAUUCUAAAAAUGCUUUCACUAU